AUGUUUGUUCUUCCUCCUCCUCCCCGAUACCCUAUCGGUGGUCCGUACGGCGCGACCGGACUUUCGGGCCUUGUUCCCAUGGUUGAAACCAACAACACCAUAUCAAACCCCGCUGGCCCGGAAUGGCAGUUUCUCGUUGGAGAAGGCACGUACGCGCUCAAGGAAGAUCUACACCUUGCAACACCUCCACCGCAUCCAUCCGAGGCCCCGGUUGUCAACCCAAACCCCUUAGCCACCAAUCCCCAGCCUGCGACAGCCGGCACCAAGCUGGCGCUCGUUCGAAUCCAAUCUCGCCGACCACCUUUCGCCUACAGAGGUCCAGAGGCUGCGGCAACCCUGUCGCUAGGCGGAGGCAAGCCCAGCAUAGACCCGUCCGGUGACGACAGAUACUCUACCGAAAAUGGGCUGGGCAGUGAAGACGGCCGCGCCCCGUCCACGAGCGAUGCGCCAAAUUCCAGCAUUCUGGGCUCUACGCCAGCGUUUGGGGAAGGAAAUUCAUCCCUCGUCCCCUCUCACACCAAGGACGUGAACAAACGAAAAAAGCCCAAGAACAACGUCACCAAGAGCAACUCCUCUUUUAUUUCCAGAGUCAUUGUCAACGAAAACUUGUCAAGGCGAAUCACCGACCGACCUGCGGACGGCAUCUUUGCCUUUGCAAACAUUAACCGAGCUUUUCAGUGGUUGGAUUUGUCUUCCCCAAACAAGCACGACUACUUCACAAAAAUCUUGUUCACCAAGGCGCAUUGCUUGUGUCACAAUGUCAACAUGGUGACGAAAGGUGCAUCUCACAUAGACGUCAUCAUGGGCUUCUCAACGGGUGAAAUCAUAUGGUGGGAGCCCAUCUCGCAGAGAUAUACACGCAUGAAUAAAAAUGGCAUCAUCAAUAACACGCCCGUCUCUCAUAUUCAAUGGAUCCCUGGCUCAGAGAAUCUGUUCUUGACGGCGCACAUGGAUGGGUCCCUGGUCGUCUAUGAUAAGGAGAAGGACGACGUUCAAUUCGUCCCCGAGGAGGACGACCAAAGCUUCCAUGGCAGUGAAUCCGGGGAUGGUCAGAAUGGAGCAAAGGCUGGCACCAAGAUGCACGUUGUCAAGUCGGUCCACUCGCAAAACCAAAAAGCAAAUCCGGUGGCGGCAUGGAAGAUAUCAAACCAACGCAUCAACGCAUUCGCCUUUUCUCCAGACAACCGCCACCUGGCAGUGGUAUCCGAGGAUGGAACGCUUAGGUUGCUUGACUAUCUCAAGGAGGAACUUUUGGCCUUGUUUUUCUCCUACUACGGAGGCCUGACAUGCGUCUGCUGGACACCAGACGGAAAGUACGUUCUGACAGGCGGGCAAGAUGAUCUGAUUUCGAUCUGGUCCGCGGUAGACUCUGCACUGGUUGCGAGGUGUCAGGGACACCAAUCCUGGGUUUCCUCCCUUGCAUUUGACCUCUGGCGAUGCGACGAGCGCACGUAUCGAUUCGGUAGUGUAGGUGAGGACGGUCGGCUAUGCCUAUGGGAUUUCAAUGUCGGCAUGCUGCAUCGUCCAAAGAACUCGUCGAGACAGCGCGGUUCAAUAUCUGGGCUAUCCGGGACCUCGCCAAGAGGCGAAAUCGCCAGCCCGCUGGGCACCCUUGUGAGGUCGAACUCUGGUCUUGGCGGGGCUGCUGACGGAGAUGCCAUCUCACACUCUGUUGAGCCGCGAUCGAGGAUCCCGAUUCUGCCUCCCGUGCUGUCCACGGUUGUAGACACACAUCCGCUAUGCUGGCUAGAUUUCACCGAAGAAGCCAUCAUUACCAGCUGCAAAGAUGGACAUGUGAGGACUUGGAGCAGACCCGGGGUAUUUCAUUAA